GGUAAACCGACAUUACAGUUGGAAAUUUUCUAACUUCCAGUGGAUGACACGUAAAAGGUUUCCUUCAAAGUUAAUCUCCGUUUGUUUUGGUUUGUUGAAGAACGAGUCUGGUCAUUCUUUCUGUACUAUGCAGUGAAUAAUGGCAAGUAACAGCGAGUGUCAAAGUAGUUUGUUGUCAGAUAGGAAGAAGUUUCGUGGUGAUUGGAAUCUAAAAACAGAGUUACUGGAUGAACCCAUUGACAACACUGAGAUAAAGUCCAAUAAUAAAACUGAUGUUCUAAAAACUCAUCUGGAAAUUACCGUCGAAGAAAACAAAAUAAGGGAAAGAGAAGAACAAACAAAUUGCGAUCUAGAAAUAAUUUGCGGUGAAUUUAAAACAAAGGCACAUAGGGAUGUUUUGUCUAAGAUUUCUGAUUACUUUAAGGCAACUGUGAAUUUCGAUAAGCGAGCACGAAUCAUUUAUCUAAACAGAAAAUUUGUUUCCUCAGAGGCGUUGUGCCAUGUCGUAAAUUUUGCGUAUACUGGAGAUCUUGAAAUAAGUAGUGACAGAGUACAAGAUCUUAUAGCAACAGCUUCAUAUCUCCAAUGCAAACUUAUCUUUGACGAGUGUGAAAAGUUCUUGAUAAACAACGUCGAUUACUCCAGUGCCAUUCGUAUUCUUCCUUUUGCCAUUCGUUUCGACCUGCGAAGUUUGAUUGAUACUCUAGUCCUGAUGAUCUCUGAGCAUUUUGAUACAAUUGUGGAGCAAAAUGCGUUCAUCAAUCUUCCUGAUGACGAUUUUAAAUUCUUGUUAAUGAAUAGAAAUCUCUCUGUUUUUCGUAAAGGGAUUCCAGUUGCCAAUCCCGAACUUAAUAUUCUUGAUGCUGUAGGUAAAACCUUAACAGCUAAACAAGGAAAUACAGAAUCAACUGUCAAGGAAUUGCUUAGUGCGAUUCGGUUUUCAGAUAUACCUGAAAGUGAUCUGAGUAAUUUAUUUCAUAUUUAUCCUGUGUUUCAGAUCUUAGAUAAAUCUACUUUCACAACAUGGAAAAACAGUGUUCUCAAAAAAAGGAAAUUUUCAAAUUCUAUGAAAGUUUUAGAACAUUCCAUCGUUAUGUCAAGAAUUCCGGAGGAUAUAUUUCGAGAUCAACUGAAGUUCGUGAAAAAUUUCGAGGAAAUCACAGAUACAAAUGAUCGACCUAAAACGAUAAGGUUAUUGGUACUACGAUGGGAAGGAUAUGUUGUUAUUGGUGGAUUACGAGUGGAAUAUUGGAGCGGAAAGAGUGUGUUCCAUGGUAUCCGACCAAAAGCUAAACAUUCUAUUAUAUCGGAGCAUGAGUUUGAACUUGGUGAGGAUGAAUUCAUAACAAACAUCAUUCUUCGAUAUAGCAUGCUUAUCUGUAGUAUGUCAUUCAAUACGAAUUUUGGAAGAACGCACGGCCCUUAUGGGGGUGUCGGCGGAAUAGAGUCAUCCUGUUCACCCUCACAAAAACGUGGUUAUCUUCAUUCUUUCCGCGGAAUUAUAUUGAAAGGAAGAUACGAACAUUAUGUUGCUAACAUUGAAUGCAAUUGGGUUGUGUUUGAAAAACCCUGUGCAAACUUAGAUUUACCCUCAAGACAAGGAAAUGAAUGUGAAACCGUAUCCUCUAGCUUAGCUAAUCUUAAUGAUAAUAUGCUAGAGACGCAUGUAUCAAUUUUUACUGGUCAUGGUAAAAUUUUUCCACUAAACGAAGAUUUUGGGAUGAUGGUCCCAACCGAUUAG